CAAGACUCUGCGCACCUGAACGCUGCGUGCGUAAACAGUGUAAGUGGAGUGAAACACGGUGGGGUUAAAGCGCGCGGAGAGGAAUUACACCGUGGCACAAAAUUAAAAACACCACGAGUCGCGGAGCCCUGUAUCAUAAGCCCGCGCACAUCUCCUGCGCAGACACCAAAAUGCGCGAGCAAUAAGCUUAGUGGCUGGCCCGCUAACUGCUAACGGCCCGAGGGCUGGCUGGCUACACAGUGACGUUGAGCUAAUUAACGAGAUUUAAUUACGCGCGGGCAAUUAGUGCCGCGAGACAUCCUCGAGGGGUGACUUCGGCGUCGGGAACGAAGAAGUAGAAGAAGAAAAAGAAGGAGGAGGAGGAGGAGGAGGAGGAGGAGGAGGAGGAGGAGGAGGAGACGUAAAAGAUGACGAGGAAGAAGAAGUAGAGAGUAAAAAAGAGACACGCAACUGCCAGCGAGUGCAGGAAUAAUUAACGGGCACUAGAUGUUAUUGAGCGUCUCAAACGGUCUUCGUCUCAAUUCCGUUGAAUCGUUGUACGACCGCCACUUAGCCGCGACAAACUGGAUCGAUACCGUUACACAAAUAACCCUGAGGAUAUUAUUCGAGUCUCCUCGUGUGACUCAAUUUGUGGAUAGAAAAAAGCCUCAUCGUUCCCGAUAACAAUCACGCGGUGUUUUAAUUGCUACUGCUGCUCGGUCGUUUGGAUUAUACUCGUCACCGUAGUCAUUAUAUAUCGUUUGCAUGUACGCGUACGGUGUACAUGUGAUAACGGUAGUGAUCUACCUUACAGAGCGUUAUUUCGUGGGAAAUAAUGUGCAAAAUGAAGAAGAUUAAAGUACUAAUCGUCGCCAGCUAAUGACAAUUAAAGCAUAGAACUCUGGUUUCCCAAGUAUAAAAGGAGGAGGAAUUGUGAUCGUAGUAAUAUCAAGAAGAAUCGUCGGUCUUCUGAAAACCUAACGAGUCACGGCAUGUCCAAGAUGGAUGUUUUUCAAGUCGCACGACGAUGAUUGUGCACGAUAAAUUUCCGUCGAAUGGUAAUUCGGGACCCUCACGGUAAGCAAGGUAAAAGGACAUACACACAUCGCGUGAUGACGGACACAGAUAGCAUGCAACAACAGCAACACCAGCAGCAAAAGGAUGAAAAGGUGGUUGGAGGUGGCGCGGAGAACCGUUUGGAGUCGAUAGUGCCAUGCGAGAACAACAACGAGACCAAGGCGAAGUCCGGUGUCGCAACGGUGACGAGUGAAUCCGAUGUUCACGGGGGUUCUGCCCGCGACAUGCAGGGCACCGAGGGCACCCUCGCAGCCGCAUGCGACUUGCCGAUUGAAAGCGGUGCCGGUGCCGGCGGAGGCGGUGACGGAAGCGGUGUCACCAGUGGUGCCCUCCAGGUGAACUCGUGGCACGCGCACGUCUACGCAGCGCCACCUCGGGCCCCAACGCCCCACAGGAUCAGCGACAUUCUGGGCUGGGGUCGAGCCACUUCGGGCCUGAGCAUGCACCACAUCCAUAACCACCUGAACAACAACAAUAACAACAAUAACAACAACGUGGUGAACAACAACACCGCGAACGACAACGGCGGGACCACCAAACUCCUGGCACCGACACCCCGGAGGUUGACAAGUCCGAUGAUACGGGCCCCCCUCGCCCUUUACUCCCCUCUUCCACCCCAUUCACCGGCAUCGAUGCCGGGCUGUUUAACCUCGCCACCGUGCACGCCGAGCCCAGCACCGCCGUUAAGGUCGCCCUCAUCUUGCGCGAGUAUCGCCUCUCCGAAACUGAUUAAUAACGCCGGAAUCGACGCAUCGGCGGCUAGGUUGUCUCAUGGUCAACAAGGCCCCGGGUAUCAGGAUGGGGGUGGUCACGGUGGAGGGUUGAAUCAUCUCGCCGCUGAGGAGGAGGAUGAUGCUCCGCUUAAUUUAACCACGACACCGAGGACCAGGAGUCCCCCGACGUCGCCGAGCUCUUCUGUUCUCAGUGGAAGGUCGUUAUACUCGAGAACACCGCCGAAUCCGUUCCGAGAACCACCGCAUAUCGAACACCAUCACGUUAUGGCUGCUCAUCAUAACGCCAAUCAGGCUUAUCUUCACAACGGACGACACCCCGCUGACGCUGCGACCCUCGUUGUGCCUGGGAAACCUGCCAGACAACCCGUCAAAGACGGUGGCGUUCAGAUAGCCAAGACGCCGCCUGCGAAACGGAAGAAACUCGAUUCCGGAGUGAAGGAGGUACUUCCGGUUCUUAAGGGUGGGGGUCCGGGAGAAGUGCGGGUUACCAGUGAAGCUGAGGAUGCCAGCGAGGCCGAGAGGAAGAAGAAGAAAGCGAGGACAACGUUCACCGGGAGGCAGAUAUUCGAGCUCGAAAAACAGUUCGAGAUCAAAAAAUAUCUUAGCUCGUCGGAGAGGGCGGAGAUGGCGAAACUACUCAACGUAACGGAGACACAGGUGAAGAUCUGGUUCCAAAAUCGGCGUACCAAGUGGAAGAAACAGGACAAUAUCAGCAACGCCGAGGCGGCGGAGCACAAGAAUCAAAACAACCCUAAGACCACUCAGCCGAAAACAAAGACGGGGUCAUCAGGCGGAGGGGUCAAAAGUUCUGGACCUCCGCGAACGUCCGUCGAAUGCAGCUCCGACUCGAAUAAUUCCCUCCUGACCGGGGAUGGGUCGGUAUCGGAGAGCAAUGCUUCGGAGCAGAAUUCCAUGCCGACAAAUCUCUCGCUGGCUCCGCCGGAACGAGUUCCUCAGCCUCAUCUAGCACCGGGAAUACACGAGCAGUCGAUACAGGAGAGAACUGUUUUAUCGCCAGAGCCGACGAGGUUCAUAUCGAGGAAUUACGACGCGGUGAGAGACCUGACAAUGAGCAAACCGCUCCUGAGAGAGUACGACUUCAACAGGGAGCUGAAGAUAAACCUGCGGGACUUUGCAAUUGGUAAAAUGGAGUCGAGAGGACUGAGCGGGAAGGAGAGUUCGAUACUUCAGAAGAAGACAACUGCCAUGCCGGCUGAGAUUGACAAGAAUCUAAAGGACCUCAAUUUGGACUCGGACGCGAACUCUGAGCCAAUCGGAUUCGUCGUGGCUCCUGCGACCCUCAGGCCCUCCGAUGGCGAACCAAUGGAAAGCAGUGAUCGGGAUUUUGAAGAACCAGCAUCUCCGCAGUCCGCUCUCCAAAUCGACGAGAGGGACGACGAUGCCAGCCCGGAACUCUCCAGCUAACUAAGGCUGUAUUGAGUCGCGUGUUUCGAUCAUCCUUUCGGCAAAUGACAGUUCAAAGAUUCGAAAUUGCACUAGCUUAUAAGCGAUUAGGACUUACUCCUUGAGUGCUUCUUCCUUUGUUUUUUUCUUCCUUCUUUUUUCAAUUGAGAAAAUGGAUUAUCCGCGGAAAAUACAGAUACGCGAGAUUCUAAUCAGUUUUCAGAUGGAUUUGAACUGAUAGCUUGUAGACCAAGUUGAUAUCAGAAGACACUGAGAAUGAAUCUUCGAUCUGUGAUGAGUGCAUAACCUCAAGUUUCUCCCAAUCGAAAACUACAAUAUAGACCUUUUGCAUUCGAUGAAAUAAGAUGAACCGGAUAUUUUUACAAAUUAAAAGCGCUUUGUAAAAUGAAAAUGUACAAGUCUGGCAUGUUUACUGUUUAGAACUUUAUGGUAACGAAUGUUCCCUUCUUUUUUCAUGAUUACUUUGUUGAGUAUUCAU